AUGGUGAACAAGAUUACGAAUACGGGCAUCGAUCCUUUCAAGAACAUAGGGUCCGAUGAGGGGGCUCGCGGGAUCUUUGGCGUCGACACCGUCCAAUCUGAACGAUACUCCCGCUACGUCACGACGUUCACCUGGACCGACAAGGACCUGACGCCAAGGGCGCUGUCCUGCUUUAUAAAAGCGUUAUCGUCGCUCGAUACGCCAUGGAUCCCUGCUGACCUCUGGGUGACUGCGUCGCUCGUCAAGGAAGAGGCCCUAACGGCGAUGUUCGAUGAGCUGCCGUCGCGCUGUCGCGCCCUCCAAAGUCUGCACAUACGGGGGGCCGAGCCGAGGUGGACCACCGAACGGGGGCUCGGCGAAUCCGAGUGGUUUUACACCGUGUUUAGGGACUCCUUCCGCGAAAGCAUCGAUGAAGACGCGCUCGUGAUAAUGUGCACCUGCGAUUUGGAUAGCAUCGAGUCCAUCUGUCUGGCCGAUCUGUCAGUGGUAUCUCAAUUAGAGCCCAUCAAUCCCAGCCCAAGAACACUAACGUUCUCCAUACAUACCCUGCGGCCACUCCUGCAACUGCGCAACCCGCGCUAUCUUCCCCUCGGUCUACCCCCAAUCACCCUUCGUUGCGACAACAUCAACACUCUCGCCUCCGCCGAGACGCAUCUCAAGACGAACAGAGUCCACCAAAAUGGGGACGCCAUGACGGCACUCUCAGCGUUCUUCACAAAGUGCCCGAAACCGGAGCACAUAGGCUUUGACACCUGGGUUGGUGACGGAAGGUGCCCGAACGAGACGAACGUGUUGUGGGCACCCUGUCCCGACGACGUCUGUAACGCGCCACAGUUGCCGGGUUCUGUGUGCCACCGACGAGUGCGACUACUAUUAUACGGUGGUGUAUUUCACAUUAAUUUACCCGAAACGAGCACACGGGAGCUGGAAGACGAGAUAACGCAGUACGUCGCGCGAGCCAAGGCUAUUGCUGAAAUCAUCGUCGGCCGAGGAUUCGACUCGGAGCUGUGGCUGCUCUGCGGCUAUAGCGCCACCUGGUGA